AUGAAUAAAAACAAGAGUUUUGAGACUCUUUAACAAUUAGAUUUGAUAAGGAAUAGAUACCACAGUGACAUAUCCUUAAUCAUUGAAGACUUAAUAGAUCUAAUUUAAUUAGAAACAGAAUAACUUUAUAAUUCUCAAAAUAAAGUUGAUAUCGAACAACAAGAGUAAGAAAAUCAAUCUAAAUUGUAACAGAAAAUUGAACAUUUGGUAAGUAAAGUAGACGAAUAAUGUUAAACAUACGCAAAGCAAGUUAUUGAUUACAUCUUUUAAAUCAAUUCAACUAAUAUUUCGCUAUUAGAAGUUUAGCUCAAAAAUGUUUUAAUUAGCAUUAAAUCGUUUGUAAAAAAGCCCUAAAAUAAGACUUUUGUUACCAAGUUAAAAGCUUAAGUCGUUUCCGAUUUGAUGAAAGUGUAGUCAGUGGAUAACUCUAUUCAGUAUUAUGAUGAAGUUAAAAAGAGUGAUAAUAACUAACAGCAGGGCUCUUAGAAAAAGAAAAAGAAGAACUAUAAAGAAGAAGGUUUUAUCUCUAGCGAAAGUGAAAAUAGUGAUACAGAUUAAUCUGAGUAAUAGGGAAAAAAUUUAAGAAAAAGAAUAGAUAACGAUCAUUUGGAAGAGGUAAAAAUGGUAGAAGACUAGCAAAAAAUGAGCGAAGAUGAUUAAGAGUCUCCUUUUAAGCUCAAAUAAAUCAUAAAAAAUUUAGAGAAAUAAGUUUUAGAACUAAAAGAAAAGGUAGUUAAUAGAGAAUGUAUCCUGAGUGAAAUAACUUAUGGCUAUAUGAAGGAUGUAUCCCAUUGGAAAGAAAUUUUUAAUAGAAAAGAUAGAGAUUUUUAGAAUUGUUUUGAAGUUAGUUACUUCGAGCCUUCAAUAAUUUAUGAUGAUAAAAUUAGGGAAGUAUUAAACAGUAGAUUGUAAGACUUAAAACUUUAAUGUGAAAACAAGAUGUAUCAAAUGUAAAAGAAGUUCAAAAGACACCAAGAGGAAUUUGAGAAACUCUAAGAAACUCUUUUUGCAUUUAUGAGCUAAAAUGAUCCUAUUUCUGUUGCUAAAACUCUGUUUGCCAUGGAAUAAAACCCUCAUAAAAUAUGGAGAAUUCUUUAAGAUUAAAUGGGAAAUACAUAUUUUUUCAGGAUAUUUGAAUAAUAGAAGGCUGGCUAUGGAAUUAGAUAUAAAGAAAUCGAUGAAUUAAUCUCUCAGAGUAAGGCGAGUUCAAGAGAAUAUGAAGAAUUCAAAAGGUAAAUUAAACACUAAAUGGAGAAAAUGGUUGAAAGGUCUUAGCAAGAGAUAGAAAGCAUUAGAAAGGAAGUAGCUGAAAAAGAAAAAGAAAUAGAAUAAAUUAGAAAGGGUUUUAGCCAAGAUCUAGAAAAUGUCAGAUAAGAAACUAUUAAGUAGAUGGAAGAAUAAUUUAAAGUUAGAGAAGAAAAUUUGUAUUAGGAGUUUGAGGAAAGAAGGAAAGAUAUUUAUGAGUAAUUAGGCAAUAGAAAUUUUGAAAGAAUUAUUGAAGAAUCAUAACUUAAGCUAUUCUUUUAGAAAUGGAUGUUUGCUGCUAAAUUGAUGAAAGUAAAGCAGUCUUUAGAUCAAUAAGAGGAAGAAUCAAUGGAAAAAAAAUAAGAUUUUUUGAAAAAAUAUAUAUUAAGGCAGCUCACCUAACCGUAGCAAUAAAGUAAGAAGGUAGUAGAAAUACCUGGAUCUUUAUUUCAAUCAAAAAGAUUAAAGGCUAAAGUUUCUUAAAGACAUUCAAUAAUAUCCAUAUAACAGAGAGCUAGAUUGUAAUCUUAUUAGCAGGAUGAGUUUUCUGAUAAUUUGAAUGAUUAAAGUUAAAGAGACCCCUCUUUGCUUUCAUCAAAGAUUACAUAAAAAUUAGAGAAGAAGCCAUCUGAAAAUUUUAAAAUUGAUAGAAAGCCAUCUUUUUUAUAAGAAAAAAGCUAACUUGAUUAUUCUGAGAAAAAGAUGGUAGAGAGCUAAGUCACUAUAAAUGAUUAAAUAUCUGAAAAAGAAAAGGUGAAAGAAGAAAUAAAUAAUUUAUUAAAUGAAGAUUAAGGUGUUGAAAAAUAGGGUGUUCUAUAAGAAGAAGAUAUAGAUUAAAUAUUCGAGUUGGAGAUGCAAAUUGACUCAUUGAAGUAACAAAUUUAGGAAUAGUAAAAUUAAAAAAGUGGACUAGAAGAAAGAAUUAGUUUUUUAAACAAACAAGUUGAAAGAGUCACUCAAGAAUUGCAUUGUCAAAGAGAUUUUAAUACAUAAUUUAAAAAUGACAAUAGGGAACUAAAGCUUAAAAUUACUUUAUAUGAAGACACUUUUAAUGAAAUAGCUCAAAAAAUUGGCUUUUAAGAUUUAAAAAUUUAAGAUAUUGGUGAUCCAUAAAGUAAAAAAGCUAAGAAUUUUAUGAAAGCUAUUUCAAACUCAAAUAAGCAGGAAUAAAAUGGCUUCAUUUUAGCUCUAGAAACCUAAUAAACUAAAAAUGAAGCAGCAGAUAUUAUGCUUGGAGAAAAAUAUAAAGAGAAAGGAACAAGUACUAAAAUUCAAGGGAUAAAUGAAACUCUGUCACAUCUUGAAUAAUAGUAAAAAGAAAUUGAAAUAUAGUUAGAAGCUGAUAGUCUAGACUAAGAAAAUGCAAUAGUAAAUGCCAGAGAAAGAAUUAAGAGUAAUGGAUAAAUAUUGGAAGAUAAAGAAACAUAAACAGAUUUAGAAAUGAAAGAUGUUGAUUUUAAAACAAAAAAAAGGCUUAAAAGAAGUGCUGAUAAUAGUCCAAACCCACAAAAAGCAGCAAAGAAAAAAGAAAAAUCUAUUUUUGAUAAAUUUGAUGUCGAUGAGAUAGAAAAAAAUUCCUCAACAAAUAUAAAUAAAAAUCUAAACAAUAUUAAUCAGUUGGAAUCUCCUUAAUUUAUGAAAUAAAGAUACAAAUUAAACGGCCAAGAUAAAGUCGAAUAAGACUCCUCAGAUGAAGAAAAAAAAAAUUACCAUAAGAGAAACAGUGUCUGGGAAAGGUUAUUUAAUGAUUAAUUUGAUAGGAAAAAGAGAGAAGAAGAAUUGAAAAAACAAUUAGAAUCUAUAGAAGAAAAGCACUGGCAAGAAAUUUUAAAAAUACUUAAUCUAUAUUCACAGUAAAAAUUUGACACUGAGAAUGAGUUAAUAAGACCUUUUUUUCCAAAAUAUGCCCCAAAAAAGAAGUAACAAUACCAAUAAAUAAAUGAAAAGGAAUAAAAAAGAUGCUAUACUCCAAAUAUUGAACUCAAUAAAGUUAGAAAUAAUUCUAGCAACAAAGAAACCUUAUUAAAUUAGUCAAGCACAUUCAAUGUGAUGUAAGAACAAAAAACACCUCCAUCAUAACAAGCUACAAUUGGGUUAUAGAAAAUAAAAACAAGGGCUGACUACUUCUACAAAAAAUUAUAAACAGAACCUAGUUAAAUGGAUAUUUAAUCAAACAAUAUUUAUCUUUUGUCAAGCAAUGGUAAAGAAAGAAAUAUCAAUGAAUUAAGUAACAACAAGUAAGAAUAACAUAUUGACAGCUAGAUAAAAACCUCACCUUUUGAAUACUUUGCAAAUAUUUAUAACAAACAACAUAAGAAAUAAAAUGCUGAAAGUCAGCUAAAAAAUUAAAUUUAGUUUUUAUAGAAAUAUCCUCAAUUAGAUAAAACCUUUAAUUAACCAAUAUUCCCUAUAAGUUCCAUACCAUCUUCAAACUCCAAACAAUAGCAAGCUUAAAGAAACAGAUCUUAUUCUAUUAAUAGAUAAAAAAAUAAUUCAAUGAGCGACAAAAAAGAAAGCUUUAACCAGUCUGGAGCUCUUAACAAAUCUAUUAACUAAAAUAUAAAUUUAGCUCCAUCUCAUCAAACAUUUUAUUAAACACAGAAUAGCUUUUAUUAUAGUAAAUAUCCUCAAAUGGCAGGUAAAAAAGCAAAACUUGAAACACAGAAAUAGAAUAUUUUACCAAACUCUUGA